ACAGUGAAUACAUAAUUCCCGCGCGAACAUCUGUUCUUGCCGCCUAAACUGACGCAUACUGACGAAAAAGGCGGGAUUUAAUGACGCGUUGUCGAAGUAACCAUAGAUUGCUGGUAGCAAUUUCGGAGUCCGCUAGCAGUGCAUCGAGAUUUUCAAAAUUUUAACGGAUUUUCGCAGAUUUGUUUACACAUACACAGGUACUGUAUAUAUUCGUAUGUACGAAAAUGUCCCAGCCGUCAGUAACGGCGUAUUUUAAUACGCGUAAACGGCAAGCAACUGAAGAUCUGCGGAACAAAUCAAAGGUUCUGUUACUCGAUCGGGAACAAUCGGUGGCUAGCCAAAAUCGGGCUCCUAUACACAAGGAUAGCUCCGAACCGUUAACUUCGACUCAGAACGAGAGCACAAUGAGACCCAGUCCGAAGAUUAUUACUGUGCCUGGAAAAGAGUUGAUGGGGAGUCGCACGAUGAAGCCCAACACGGCCGUUCGAAACAUUCAGUUCGAUUCUCCCAAAGGAAAUUCUCAAAAAACACCGAAGAACACUCGUGCUCGAGCUACGCGUUCUAGGAAGAUGUCUGGACAAGAGGGCCAGGACAUCAGAGAGAGCUUUCAGAAGAUCGCAGAUGAUAUGAAUAACAAAGUGGUUUUUGAGAAGAAAGGUUCGCUAAGUCGAAGGAUGAGUACACCUAAGAAAGACGAAUCUACUGGGGAAUCCUGUACUAACUCCUCCAACGAGCAACUGUCAGCUAAUUGUACGACACCUAAGAAAGUCACGACUAUGGAUGCAUUGGCAAGACAAGAUAUGUCCUUGAAUGAAAUCAAGAAUAAGAUUAAUAAAUCUAGCAGACUCAUGGAGUUGAAGGCUUCUAUCGCACGGUUCAGGAAUUGUGAACAGAAACUCGAGCAGUUGCAGAAAGGGAAGGAUACCAAAAAGCCACAGAUACAGAAGUUUGAAAAGAUUCAACUUGAGAUACCAGUUAGCCCACAGAAAGGAUACAAAUCUCCUAGCAAAACUGUAUUGAGUCCUUUGAAGAAUGAACAACUAGCGAAUGUUAGUCCUCAACGUAGAAUUUUGUUUGAACCGAAGGAAUCGACCCCGAGUCCAGUAAAGGGCAGCCCAACUAAAGCACCAGCUUAUCAACAAUAUCUGUCAUUGGCAGAGAGUGGCACUCCGGCUUUACCACUGCCGUAUCAUUAUAGAUUUUUAGCAGAAGCAUUCAGAUGCGUGGACACUGUUUCUGCAAUGCUCUUUAAUCGUAAGGAAACGAUAACUUUCAAGAAGCUGAAGCCUGCAGUUCAGGAACUGUUGCGCAAAAAUUUCAAUUUGGAGCACCUGGCACAAAUUAAAACUAUUUUCCCAGAGGCAUAUAUUUUUAAUCAAGAAAAGCAUCGCACGUUCGGUUCUACGUCUAAGCAAGAUAAAUAUGAGUUGAUCCUCACUCCGGUUGUGGAAGAGAACGAUGGUAGAGCUACUCCGGACUCGGAUGAUAUUUUGAAAUCAGGAUCCGAAGCCAGCAUGGGACCUCGGAUUCUUCUCAACAGACGAAGGAAAUUCUACAGUAUUUUGCUCGACAGAGUAAAGGACGAGCACGAGAAAUAUUUACUGAGCUUGGAAACACCGAUGCGUGUAUCGAAAGAGAAGAUCGUCCGCUGGCAUCCAGAGUUUGACGUCGAAAAUUGCAAGCCGAUCGAACAAGCUGAAUUGCCACAGCCGCCUAACGUGGAAAAACUGACAACUGCCAAAGAUGUUCUUGAUAGAGCAAAGUCAUUGUUCAAUUGCGGUACUCGCAUGGAGAAGGCGUUGCAGCGAUUGGCCGAUGCAAAGAUGACUUCGCAGUCAUCUCCGGAGAAGAUUAAGGUGAAUGACUCUACUCAAACGGAUGAUAUACGAAAAGUUAAUAUCACUGUUGUGGAUACUCCGCCUGCUACGCCAACGGUGCAGACCAAUUUCACUUCGACUCUUAAAGGCAUACCGAAGGCUCUUCUCGAGAAGGUUCGAGCUAAGCAGGCUGCCAAAGCGUUAGAAGCUAUGACGCGUCCUCCGGAUGCGGAGAAGGAAGCAGUCAUGUAUUCCAGAUUACCUGAGAUGGUUAAAGUACUGCGUAGUAUAUUCGUAGCUGAGAAAAAAGGAGUGCUCACACUAGAAUUCGUGAUCACGAAAUUAGAGAACUCGUACAGAGCGAAAUUAAGUCCCGCGGAUCUAGAAGAGCAUAUACGACUUUUGUGUAAACUGUUGCCUAUGUGGACCAGUAUACAUCAUGUUCGAAAAAUAGAUUAUUUAAAGCUACAGAAAGAAAUUGACCUGGCAAAGGUGGUAAAGAGACUAGAAAUUAUGGCUAAUAACAAAGUGAAAGCUUCAUGAUUGAAAGCAUCAUUAAAGGGAUUCAUUGGUUUUCUUAUGAUUUGAUCGGUGUGUUACAAGGAUCAAUUUUUCGUAUAAGUAAUUACAAUGACAAUUUCAUUUAUUCACAUGACAGCAAUCAUUCCUUCUUUCAUAUAAAUUUGUACAUGAGUAUCUUUAUGCAAUGUUCGUAUUAUACGACGAUAAUACAAUUUUCUAUACUGAGAAUUAUUCUAUACUGCGCUUUAUAUCUUUUUCUAUUCUUUCUAGAUUAAUGCACUGGUAAAAAAUUAUAUAAGUUUGCACAAUCAUCAUAUUAUGUCUUAUGAUCAAAUAUUAAAAUGCCUUCGUAAAAAAUUUAUUCGUUAUUUUUGUUAAUUA